AUGCUAGACACUUUAUCGUAAAAAUCUUAUUAAUACACGCGAGUUUUAUUAAAAUUGUUUUUUCUUUUCUACUUUUAAUGUUGCGGAUAUGCAUAUAAAUAAUAAUGUGCGAAUAACAACAAGUUCACAAGAGAUAUUUUAAAAUACAUCUUUAAUAGUUUAACUAAAUUCAAUUAAUUGAAAAAAAAAAAAAAAAAAAAAAAGAACCAAAAACAAAAAGUACUUUCUAUAUAUAUAAAACUAUUGAAAAAGUGAGUGGAGUGCCGAUGAAAUUUUAACUACUUUGUCGUGAAAAUCGUUCUUUGCUAUCUAUCUGUUUGCUUCAAUUAAAUAAAAAACUCUAAAGCGUAACGUAAACUCUCUCUCUUUAUAUAAUUUCCUAACAUACGUAUUUCUUUUUGGAAAGAAAACAAAAAUUUAAAAACGUAUCCAAGUAGAGAUUGAUAACAAUCGCGCGUGAAAGGAAAACAAAAUUCGCAUAUAAAUAUAAAUAUGCAUGCAUUUCAGUACUUAUGGUGACGUGAAUCUAUUUCACGAUCCGCUUAAGCUAUUUAAUCAUUGUAAAUAAAUUUUCAAAACUGAAAGUUUGAACCUAACGAUCACUUUUGAUUGAAGUCCGCAUAAGUGAUGAUAAUAUUUGCUGCCUAAGAGAAAAUAAAGGAAAGGAAAAUUUAUAUAAAAAUGCCUGCAAAUAAACCAUACGAACGUCCGAAGGAUUUCGUGGAUCCAUCGAAGCCAUCAAAAUGUACCUGGAAAUUGGGUACUAAGGAUAAAAGUAUACACACACAAAAAGAAAUAGCUCAUCGCCAAAAAAUUACCCCAAACAUUUUAGAUUUUAUCGGCUGUACACCGUUAAUUAAAUUGAAUAAUAUACCUAAAGCUGAGGGCAUUAAAUGCGAGAUGUAUGCUAAAUGUGAAUUUUUAAAUCCUGGCGGCUCGGUUAAGGACCGAAUCGGUUAUCGCAUGAUUCAGGAUGCGGAGGAGAAAGGUCUCCUAAAGCCAGGCUAUACGGUUAUAGAGCCUACGUCUGGUAACACGGGCAUCGGUUUGGCUAUGGCCUGUGCUGUCCGAGGCUAUAGAUGUCUGAUUGUUAUGCCCGAAAAAAUGUCCGAUGAAAAGGUGUCCGCUUUAAAGACGUUAGGCGCUAAAAUUAUCCGCACUCCAACGGAGGCUGCAUUUGAUUCGCCUGAAGGUCUAAUAUAUGUAGCUCAACGUCUACAAAAAGAGAUACCUAACUCUAUAAUCCUCGAUCAGUAUCGUAAUCCGGGCAAUCCUUUAGCCCAUUACGAUGGCACGGGCGCCGAAAUUUUAUGGCAAUUAGAUAAUAAAGUCGACAUGAUUGUUUGUACAGCUGGAACAGGCGGAACUAUAUCCGGUCUGGCUCGCAAGAUUAAGGAGGAACUGCCUAGUUGUAAAAUAGUAGGCGUAGACCCUUAUGGUUCAAUUUUGGCACAACCCGCGUCGCUAAACAAGAGCGAUACGCAAUUUUACGAAGUCGAAGGUAUAGGUUACGAUUUCGUUCCCACCGUUGUAGAUUAUACCGUAAUAGAUGAAUGGAUUAAGAUUUGCGAUCAAGAUUGCUUUCCGAUGAGUAGACGUUUAAACGCUGAAGAAGGCUUACUAUGCGGUGGCUCUUCUGGCGGGGCUAUGACGGCCGCUUUACGCUUCGCCAAACAUUUAAAGCAGGGACAACGAUGCGUUGUGAUUUUACCGGAUGGUAUACGAAAUUAUAUGACCAAAUUUGUCUCUGAUAAUUGGAUGGAAGCGCGCGACUUUAAAGAUGUGGUAAAUGAACAUCAACACUGGUGGUGGAAUGUGCCCGUAAGCGAUCUAAAAUUAUCGAAACCAAUAGUUAUUAAAUCGAAUGCGAAAUUCGCCGAAACUAUUGAAAUAAUGAAAAAAUAUAAUUUAGCGCAAAUACCGAUGAUAGAUGAAGAGGAUGGCACAAUAUUGGGUGUAAUAAGUCAGGAAGCUCUUAUUAAGCAAAUUGUCAGCAUGAAUCGUCAGCAUAGCGAAUUAGCUUUGAAAGCAAUUAAUAAGAAAGUAAUACGCGUAAGCUCAUCAACAAUAUUAGGAAAGGUAUCACGCAUCCUUGAAGUUGAUUAUUGCGUUUUAAUAGUCGAUAAAAAAGAUGGUAAAGAUAUUUUAAAAGCUGUCAUCACAAAAUUGGAUGUCAUCGCAUUCACCGCUUUAGAUCGUUCCAAAAAUGCCGAGGAUGCAACCAAUCAUGCCGUUAGCUCGAAAAAAACCGCUUAAGAAGAAACUAAUUGA